GUUCAGUACUUCUAUUGGCCGUGUUAAGCAAAAGAUUUCGGAUUGCCAGAAGCGUUCGAGUGCUCUUUCAACGACAGAUAUUGAAUCGAAUCUUAGAAGGUUGCCAACUUAUGGAUUGAGUUCUGGUAUUCAACUUCAUGGUAUUUUACUGAAACAAAAGAAACGGCGAAAUCGUACAACCAAAUGGAACAAAAGAUUUUUUGUUCUGAAGGAGUGUUUUCUUCUUUAUUACAGUGCUUCAGCGAAAAAAACAUUUGAAAGAACAAAAGGGAUCGACCUUCAUCCUAAGGGCAUUAUACCACUUGUUGGUUGUUCCAUUGUAGCAGGUCAAGACCACGGUCAUAAAAAUUGCCUCCUUAUCACACAUGCGCAAUUUAAAUCGGCAAUAAUUGUUUGUGCGCCGGAUUCGAAAACACUGGAACAGUGGCAAAAAUCAUUGCGAGAAGCAUCCAAAAUAUCAUAUAAGAAUACAAUUGCAUGGGAAAAUCUUGUGGAAGAGCUGGAAAGUCAAGGAUUAAUGUUAAAUGAAGAAAAGAAAAAAUAUGAAGAAAAAUUGGUUGCUGAAACCCAGGCAAGAGAAGAAGAACACAAUAAAUAUUUGAAUCUGGAAAAGGUUAAAGAAGAACUGGAAAAAGAAAGGGAACGACUAGUUAGAAUUACUAAGAAACUAAAAGGCGACCUUCAAAGUGUCAAAAACGAACUAAAAAUAACGAAUGAAACGAAAAAAACUUUGGAACAAGAGAAAAUUUCAUUGAAUGCUAAAACUGAACAUCUUGCCAGUAACAUGGAAACAUUGAAUCUGGAAAAGUCGAAAAUUGAAGAACAAAUGUCAGCGAUAAUUCGAGAACGAGAGCAAUUUCUUCUUGAGAAUCAGAAUCUUUCAACGGCUACAUGCCAACUAAAGAAUCGUCUCAUGGAAAUCGAAACGAAAACCAAUUGCUUACAAAGUGAAAAAGAAAGAGUUGAAGCAAUGCUUCGUUUAAAUGAAAAAAAAACAAUAGAUUUAGAAAGGGAAAGGGAAUAUUACAACAAUCAAACAAUGGAACUUUUGAAUUCGCUUAAAGAAAUAAGUGAACAACGUGAUAUAACCGAAGCUGAAUUAAAAGAUGAAGUUUUGGCCCGUAUUGGUGCUGAAAAACAAUUACAAGCUGCAGAAAAAGCCUUAGAACAUCUUGAAAUGGCGUUAAAAUUAACUGGAGCUCAAAUGAGUGAACUACAAGAACAUAUUAUGCCAGAUGUGCAUAAACUAAGAGAAUUCUUCGAAAAGUGUGCAGAAGAAGCAAAACUGGAAGCCAACAAACCCAUGAUAAUGCGUAAUGCAAUUUACGCACGACGAUCAUUAAGGCGUAAUAAAACGAAAAUCAGAGGAUCAUUUCGAAAAAAACCCGCAUCCAUAAAUAUAAAGGAUGAGACAAAAGUGGAUGCAUCAACAUUAAUGCACCUAUAA